GUCCGUCCUUCCCAAACCACGGCGCCAAGCCACCAGCCAAAAACCAAAAAAAAAAAAAACUUUGGCUGGCUUGCUGGCUGGCACUGGACGCAGAACACACCGGAGACAGAACAAAAAGCGCGUGUAUGUGUCAGUGGGUGCACUUUGUUGUGUGCAUGUGCGAAGACGAAGCUGCCGCUGUUGCUGCCAGACUUGCUUCCUUGCUCUCCUUCCCACCCCAUCCUUUCUUCAACAAACGAACAACGACGAUGGACCUCAACCUCAACAACGUGCUUGACAAGACUGUCAACAAGGAGAACACACCCAUUGCCAUUGCGGCAGCCGGUGGUCUCAUCAUGCAAGUGCUCGUCUGGAACAUUGUUGCGCGCAAUGAGUACCACAACAAGACCCUCACACGCUUCUUCGGCUCGGCAGAACGCGCCAUUCGCUUCAACGCAUUCCUCGUCAUCUUCGGCGGCUUCCUCCGUGAUCGAUUGGUUGAGUACGCCAUGACACAGCACCCCACCAUGGAAGAGCUCGGCACAUUCGAGGCAAACGUCGCCGCCUUCAUCAUCUGGGCUGUCGGCAUGGUUCUCGUCGGUGGCUCCUUCUACCACCUCGGCUGGCGCAACACUUACAUGGGUGACUACUUUGGCUUCCUUCUCCCUGCACGAGUGACCUCCUUUCCCUUCAACGUGUGCGACCACCCCAUGUUCCUCGGCUCGUCGCUGCUGUACCUCGCCAAGGCCAUCUACUUCUUCCAGAGCCCAAUCGGCAUUGUCCUUGCCGCCUUCUCCUACGUCGUCUACAUUGUCUUUGGCUACUACGAGGAUGCAUACACGGCGAUGAUCUACGCCAAGAAGGCCGAGGAGGACAAGAAGAAGGGCAAGUAAAUCCUCCUCCCCCCCCCCUCACUCGCCACUCCCCACCACCUCCCAACUCUCAAACACCAAAAGGCCAGCGCCCAGCCCAAGGCUGCCCUUCUCUCCGCCACCCUGCCACGCACCCAAACUAUCAAGCACCACCAUCGCCUCGACCCGUCUCCUUCCUCCAUUGGCAGCGAUGGCGAGGGUGUACAUCCGUUGUGCAUUGUAGCUGCUGUCUGUCCACUGUCUGUGGUGGGAACGGUUUUGAUGUGUUACAGUUUCACGUCAACUCAACCAUCCAACAACUGCUACCACGAUGACCACCACUACCACUUUUUCGACAACUACCACCUUAACCACGACUACCGCCUUUACCACCGCUCCACCUUUACCACCACUCUACCCUCACCAGACCCCUGCUCUCAUCUCAACCUUGCGUGUUGUCUGUGUCCCGUUUUAUAACCAGCCUUGUUUCCCCAUUUGUUUGUAUCACCACGUACGCGUGUUUGCCAUUUUGUUGCGUUUCCCCCGCUGGCCGCACGUCUUCCACACAUAAUGUCGGCUCAAAUGAUGCACCCCACACGCCUUUGUGGUGUGUGUGUGUGUGUGUGUGUGUGUGUGUGUGUGUGUGUGUGUGUGUGUGUCAUCCACCUGUGUCCAUCCGUCAGUCCAUCCUGCUCCCACAUGUUUGUCUGUCACACUGAUUCGUUUUACGUUAGGAAGUUGCUCCCUGUUGCGUGCGUGUGCGUGUGUGUUUGACUCUUUGUUGUAUUGUGUGCGCGCGCGCAUGUGUGUCAGCUUGCGAGCGCGCUGCGUUGCACAUUGUGGCGUUCUCUUACCUUUUUUAGAAGCAACUGCAUUGUUCCGCCUUUUGUCUGUACCUGUGUGCGUGCGUGUGCAUGUGUGUGCAUUGCUUGUGGGUGGCGUGCGUGUAUCCCAGUGCGCCAUACCUUUGCCAUGUGUGCACGUGCGUGCGCGUGCGUUUGUGCCUGUCGCUUGCUUGUUCACAAGCCGUUUGCUUGUGCCCCUGCUUGUCUUUGCUGUCAACUUUUGUCGUUGAAGGCGUGCACACAUGUGCACGCGUUCUGUGUCCUGUCUCACGAAGAAACAGCCAAUCACUCCAAAACGCGCCAAAAAUACAUUUCACAGCGAAA